AUGGUGAAAAAAUGUCCGGGACCUAAAGCAUAUCCAUUGAUAGGAAACCUUAAUAUGUUUUUUGGUGAUGCAAAAGAUAUAACUUAUAAAAUAAUAAAAUCAUCUGAAAACUAUUCUUCGCCGUGGCGACUUUGGCUAGGCCCAAAAUUGGUCCUAUUCUUUGAUGAUCCUGAAUAUAUGAAGAUUAUAUCAGACAGUUCUUAUGGUUGGGAAAAAAGCGAGUUGUAUGACUUUAUGAAACCUUAUAUUGGUAAUGGGUUGUUUACUGCUCCAGUGUCAGUAUGGAAAAUUCAUCGAAGAAUCUUGAAUCCAGUAUUUAAAGAACAAAUGUUUUUAACUUUUAUGGAUUCAAUAGUAAAAAAUUCAAAUAGACUGACUAACAUUUUAGAAGCUACUAAUGGAAAAAACGUAAAUUUCUUGCAUUACGUAAAUAUAUGUACAAUGGACAUAAUAUAUGGUAGCAUACUGGAAAGUGAUUUAGAUUUGCAGAACAAUUCGGAGUGUAAAUUUCACGAAUAUAUGAUUGAAGCGGUAGACUUAGUUAUGGAAAGGAUCUUCAAAAUAUGGUUACAUCCUGAUUUUACAUUUAACAAUUCAUCUCUGGGAAAGAGAUUAAAGGCGUUUCUAUCAAUUCUUAAUAAAAUUACAAGCGAGGAAACAAUAGAAGAAGGUAAAGUUCUUCAAGAAUCAAAAGGACUAGAUGAAAGUAAAAAAAAAAGUUCAUUUCUCGACUUGCUAUUUAUAUCACUGUACGAAAACGGAGAAAUUUCCGAGCAAGAUAUUCGAGAUGAGAUCAAUACAAUAGUUUUAACAGGAAGCGAGACUUCUGCUGUUACACUGACCUUUUUAUUUUUAAUGCUGGCCACGUUUCCGGACAUUCAAAAACAAGUAUACGAAGAGUUGUACGAUAUGUACGGCCCAAGCGAUCCAGACGAUGUUCCUAUUACAUUGGAAGAUAUUAAGAAAAUGAAAUAUUUGGAAAGAGUAAUCAAGGAAACCUUACGUUUAUUCCCUCCUGCCCCAUUUAUUGGUCGAACAUCAUGUAGCGAUACAAAAGUGAACGAGAAUCUUGUCAUACCGAAAAAUUGCUCUGUAGUUUUUGGAAUAUUUUCACUUCACCGAAAAGAUAAAUAUUGGACUGAUCCCUUAAGAUUUAACCCAGAUCGAUUCUUGCCCGGAAAUUAUAAUCCGAAAUGUUUCUUACCAUUCAGCACUGGGAAAAGAAAUUGCAUAGGACAAAAAUUUGCAAUGAUCAAAAUGAUGGCAAUCGCUGCUAAUUUAUUGAGAAAAUUUACUGUUCGAAUAGAUGAUCCAGUAUCGGUUGAAAAUGUUAAACUAAAAUUUAGCGUAACUUUGAAACCAGCGGAACCUGCUUUUUUGAGAUUUAAGAAGCGAUAAUAUUUAUCUUUUUUGUCAAUACUAUGUUCCUAAUAAAGUAAUUGUAAUGUCGGAAUGUAAGAGUAAAAAUAAAAAAGUAA